GACGCAUGUACAUUGAGUGCAGCAUCAUCAGCAUUCGCCAUGAAUUAUCUCAAAGGUUCCAGGAUCAGACUUUCUCCAUGGUCAAGAUCUGUUCCUCGAGCACAUCGAUGCCUCCAUCUUGCGCCACCCUUUCUCCUCGAUGACUAUGUGCCUCGGUACGCGAUGCUGUCGUCCAUCGAUGCCGCUAUGAAACGCUCCAAGGCAUAUGCCCACCUUCGCAAUUGCAAUCUCUGCCCUCGGCUCUGUGGCGUUAAUCGCUACGAAACCACUGGGCACUGUUUGGUUGGUGACAAGGCGAAGGUGAACGUGAUUGCGCCGCACUUUGGAGAAGAACCCUGCAUCCAGGGACACAACGGCAGCGGUGCCGUCUUUUUUUCUGGGUGUAACCUACGAUGUGUCUUCUGUCAGAACCACGACAUUGCACACCAGCGGAACGGCCAGGACUUGACACCCGAAGAGCUGGGCGAGUGGUAUCUGAAGCUGCAAGAUGUGGGAGGCGUUCACAACAUCAACCUUGUCACACCUGAACAUGUUGUCCCGCAGGUGGCAUUGAGCAUCCUUCACGCUCGCGACCUCGGUUUGCGGUUGCCAAUCGUUUACAACACCUCCAGCUUUGAUUCACUCGAGUCACUGGAGCUCAUGGACGGCUUGGUCGAUAUCUAUCUACCCGAUUUCAAGGUCUGGGAGAAAGCAACGUCGAAGCGACUGCUCAAGGCUGAUGAUUACGCCUCAACGGCGAGGGGGAGCAUCAAGGCCAUGCAUGCGCAGGUAGGCGACCUUUGCUUCACACCCGACGGCAUCGCCAAGAAAGGUGUCUUGGUGCGCCACUUGGUCAUGCCGGGGAAGCAAGAGGAGGGCAGGCGUAUUAUGCAGUUUCUCGCUGAGGAGGUAUCGAGGGAUUGCUUUGUGAACAUCAUGGAACAGUACCACCCGGACGCUCACGUCGGAAAGCCGCGCCGACGCCUAGGAGGCAAAGCAGCCGGGUCCGACGUGUCGGCCGAAACACUCCGUUAUGGCGACAUCAAUCGAGCCGUGUCGGAUCAAGAGGUCACAUCCCGCCCCAGCGCGGCUGAAGCUGUCGGACUGUGGCGCUUUUGUGAUCCUCCCAAGCAUGAUGGAUUCAACAUCUGA